CCGAUUUGGGGACGUCACACGGGCGCUGGAACUCCAGUAAGUAGCGAUGAUGUUGUGGUUAUCCAUGCUGCCGACUGCUCUCUGAGUGUUAUCUUGUGGAGAAUACGGACGGGGGAGAUCUCUCCACGCAUGGAGUUGACCUCGGACCAGGUGGUGGCAGCUCUGGACAUGUCGCAGGUCAAAAGCAAAGAGGACGAUGAGCCUUUUGAUAGUGACGGGGACUACGAGAGCUUGCCACCUCAUGUCUCAGUGGCGACCCACAUGACAGCAGGAGCCGUGGCGGGCAUCCUGGAGCACACGGUGAUGUACCCCGUGGACUCUGUCAAGACACGGAUGCAGAGCCUGCAGCCGUCGCCAAACGCACAGUACAAGAGUGUGUAUCAGGCUCUGAAGAGGAUCAUCCAGACAGAGGGGGUCCUCCGACCGCUGAGGGGCCUCAACAUCACCAUGAUCGGAGCGGGGCCCGCACAUGCCAUCUACUUCGCCUGCUAUGAGCGGGUCAAACGCUCACUCAGUGACGUCAUGCAGAGCGAAGGCAACAGCCACUUGGCAAAUGGUUUGGCAGGUAGUGUGGCCACUGUUCUCCACGACGCCGUCAUGAACCCAGCUGAAGUGGUGAAGCAGAGGAUGCAAAUGUACAACUCUCCGUAUCGAGGGCUCUGGGACUGUGUUCAGACGGUGACUCGUAAGGAGGGACUGGGGGCUUUCUACCGCAGCUACAGCACGCAGCUCACCAUGAACAUCCCCUUCCAGGCCGUGCACUUCAUGAUCUACGAGCUGAUGCAGGAGCAGCUGAACCCCCACAGACAUUACCACCCCGGCAGUCACAUCUUGUCGGGGGCCGCAGCGGGAGCCAUCGCCGCAGCGAUCACCACUCCGCUGGAUGUUUGUAAAACUCUCCUCAACACUCAAGAGAACGUAGUGCUCAGCUCCGUUAACGUCAGCGGACAGUUAUCGGGGAUGGCCAACACCUUCAGGACAGUGUACCGCCUCGGGGGUCUGCCGGCCUUCUUUAAGGGGGCCCAAGCUCGGAUUAUAUACCAGGUGCCCUCCACUGCCAUCGCCUGGUCGGUGUACGAGUUCUUCAAGUACUUCCUGACAAAGCAGCAGAUGGAACAUGAGGCAGGACCUCGAUCUAGGAAAUGAAGAAGACUCCAACCUGAAGCGAAAGGAGCUCGCUGUUAGAGGAAAGAAGAUGUUGUCACACAGGGAAGUUGGCUGAAACUUGAUCACCUUAUAGUCACUUGUCUAAGUCUGGGUGUCUUUAAAGUUAGUUGCCCAACCAGGAUAUGCAUCAGAGAUGAUAAACAUAGGAGAGUUCAUCUCGUUCCUCGUCCACUCCACAGACGCUCUCCCUCUUCCACAUGUGGAGAGCGUAUAAUAAAGUUGUCUUGAACGAUGUUUGUAGUUUUUAAUAUUGGAACUUCUUAUUUAUUUAGUUUAGCUUGCAGAGGGUUUUACCGAUGCGGAAGAAACUCAACGCUGUUUGUUUUGUUUCACUGUGUAUUUAUUAACAAAAAACACAACUACACAUUCCUCAUUUUCAUUACACGGCCAACGGAACAGUUGUGCUUUCCAAGUGCCUCGUGAUUAUGAUUCUUUUUUAAAAAACCUUUUUGUCCUUGGUUUUAUUUUUCUUGCUUUAAAGGUGGGGUAUGCAAUUUAUUUCAGAAACACUUUUUGUUAUAUUCCAUGGGAUGCUCUUAACAUCCCGAUAGCAAUACAUAUAUUAAAUGCUUUGACAAUAAAUACAUAACAAAAUAUCAUCUGUGGAAGCCGUGGCGCUGUAAAAAGCACGACCAAUCAUCUGAGCCGGCCCAGCUAAAGUAACUGGAUGGCCUACCUGCCUGUCAGCCUUCCAUCUGUGCACACACUUAUCUGGUGCCCUCAUUGGUCAUGUGCUCGUUCCUGUGUGUUGGAGGAGGGGCUCUGUAAGGAAGUGGCACAUUUGUUCUAUUUUCAAAUUCUAGCGCACUCAGCUGGUUUCUCCAAAAUGACCUACCCCACCUUUAAGUUUCAUCAAAGAAGCUAACUUUUCUUUCCUGAACCGGUCAAAUAACCGGUCAAAUCUGAUCUUGCUAAACUGAAUGCUGUGUUGGUUUCUUCCACAUCAAAAUAUCAAAUGCCGGUCUGCAGCUGCUCAUUUUUUGGGUUACACUUUGAUAUGCUUUUAAGUGUUUUCAUAAAAGCCGUAAAGGGCCAUUUAUUUGCCUUCUUUUAAAGCAAACAAUGCCGCUGACGUACGAACAAUAACAGUGUCAUUGAAAGAACCAUACAUGUUGCAGAAAGAAGGCAGCUUGUUUUAUAUAUAUAUAUAUUCAUAAACAGGAUUAUAUAUUUGGAGGAUGACUAUUUUUCAGAAAUGAGAUAGCGUCUCUACUUUCACUUGCAUUUGAUCUGGUGUAAUGUUUGGAAUUUGUGUGUGUGUCAUAUUGACUUUAAGGUCAUAGAUUGUAUAUCAAAUAUUUUCAAAAUAUAUCUUUGACUGAGUAUAAAGUUCAGACUGUCUGUGAUCCAUAAUGUAACAUAAUAACUUAACUGUGAGGCACUCUUUAUCGCCUUGAGAAGAGGAACAGCUCCAAUCCGCAGGCAGGCAACGCUGUUUCUUUUAUUCCUGCUCAUCCUGUUGGAGUUUCACAUGUCCUGUGUGCUCACUGCCUUCUCCAACUAUUUUCCACUCAGAAGUCAAGACAUUCCUCCAGACAUUGAUGUAAGCAUCCAGAUUUAUUUGUUUUUAAUCAAACAGGCUGUUCUUUCCUUUGGUGAAAGUUCAUCGGAUUCCAGCGGUCUCACAAACACUUUAGGAGCAGAUUGCUUAUGUACAUUAGUGUACUUAUUAAUAUGCCAAAGACCUGCAUUGUAUUCUAUGCAUCUUAUUUCCAACAUGUCUAUAUAAUGAUGUUUGCCUUCCUGCUUAUGAAUAUUCAUGCGAACUAUUUGCCCCCUAGUUUUGUGUAGAAAUCCCUCCUCACUUGAACUUAUUUAGCGGCUUUCUGAAUGUGUCAGAAAUAGACGUCCUAUAACCUCCUAAAGUACUUGAGAAAAUGUGUUAAAUGUUCAAUAUGUUUGGGGAAUAACAUGAUUAUGUGAUUGUUAUAGACUGAUAAAAUACUUAAUUUCAAUAUAAUUGUGAUCUCACAUGAAUGAAUAAUGUUUUCUCAAUUGGCUUGAAUAUAUAAGUGUAUUAAUUAGCAUAGCUUCAUGAUGUUUUAUUAUAAUAUAAGUGAGUUCACAGUAGGAUUCACUAACACAACUCUACUGAGUUUAAGUGAAUCCUAUGAAUAACGAAAAAAAAUGAAAAUAUCUGACUUAAUUCCACAAAAUGAAUAAUUGCAUUCGGCUAUGUUAGCACUCCCACCCUUUGUUGCAAAGUACUUUUAAAGUGUCAAAAUAAUGUUAUUUUUCAUAGAUGCUCACAUUUUAAAGGACACAGGAGAGAUGAUAUUCUAUAUGGCUCAUUCCAUAAAUAAUUGUUUCGCUGAUCACGCUCAAAUGUUUGAAAUGGGAGUCGGGAUGAUUUAUGAGAGAAUGCCAUCUCCAGAACACGAAUGCUUGGAAGUACGGGCAUGCAAUUAUGAUUUCAUUGUGACAAUGCUGCUACAGUUUGUAACACUGGAGCUGAAAUAAACAUGCAAGUGAAGAA